AUGUCGCCCUCUUCCGAUAAAAACAAGUCAUUCAAGAUGGCAGCUUCCAUGGACCAAAAUUUGUUAGAAGAAACCAAUAGAAAUGAUGUUUUCCCAUCAUUCCUCGAGAGAUAUUUUACCCCAAGAUAUCAGAUAGACACCAACGGAAAAACAGCAGAGGACUUCUGUAUUCUUCAGCAUUCUAACAAAAUCUGCGUGAUAACCCUUGCGAGAGGUCAUCCUAUAGUUCGGGACAAGAUGAAAAUCGAAAAGGUCGAUUUUCAAGCCAAUGCCAAUACAAAUAGAAUGGACAAUAAAGUCAUCGGCAAGAACAAACGAGGGGCGCAAAAUCUUCAGAGUGAGUCGAUUUUAUGCAAAGUCCACUGCUACGGCGGGCAAUCAUUCACCAUUUAUUCUUGUAUCAAAGGGAAGCUCGUUGAAGUGAACGAAACGUUAUCUUCUCGUCCUGAAUUGCUCGUUGAAAAGUCAAGCACGGAGGGAUAUGUGGCCAUCAUUCUCGUCCGACUCGCCGACUACGAGUCGCAGUUCCAGCGAACGAUUUCGGAAGAUGAAUAUACCAAGGUCCUUUCGCUGAGGACCGGUGAGUCAUCCCUCCCCGAGGCGCUGCCAACAGACGGACCCAACAAUGAGGGGAACGACCCUCCAACUUGAUGGAAGAUCGAUGCUCUGAAGGACGGCCUUGGUGGUGGUUUCCAUCGAAGUUUAAGGUCCAAGAUUAUCGGACUGUCCUGUUAUCAGGACCUUGGUACAUAUUGGCGAAUUCCAAUACGACAGUUUCCAAAUUUUUGUACUACUACUCUUGGCUAAUGUGACAGAACCGCAAGUGCCAGAAGCCUACUAUGUAAAUAUGACAAUAUUCAGUCUUCAUUUCCCAUUGGAACUGAAAACUUGACUGCAGCAUUAUAGUGUCCGCCUCAUACGCUUACAGAUACUGCAGUUGACAGCAUCUAUGGAUGUAUUGUCUAUUCAUUCCUGACUGUAGUCUUAAGAGGCGAUCAGACAUCGCCUGUUUAGGUAGCGGUUCAGUAAGGUGUAUUCGCAUCGCGACGCCGAACGAAUUCAAGAACAUAGUAUAUGUAUUGAAAAUGCAAGUCAAAUCACAAUGAACAGCUGGGAGGUCUUUGUCGAAAAUUAAACCUGAACAGCAGUUUCGUCCUAAGUUGCGUUGCUGACGAAAAAUGUCAAAUAUGCCGUUUGUCCAGAGUCCAGGACGAAACUGCUAUUUUUGAUUAACCAAUAUCCAACAAAGACUUUUCGGUUGCUCUUUGUCAUGAAUGGCAAUUAACAAUAGAUUUUCUCUGUUUUCGAGAGCGUUCUGCGUCGCGAUGUGAUACCUCUGUACGAUGCCAUCAACCCUUUAUCAACAGAAUUACCCGAUCCGUUUUCAAUGGGCUACAGCAAGGCACGUAUUGCGUUGUUAGGCAAACGUAGUAACCCACUGAAAACGAAUUGUUCAGCUCUGUAAUACAGGGCUCUGCUUGCUGGGUACUUCGGGGGCAAACCACCGUUAUUCGCCAUCUAAACCGGUGAUAUGUUUUCAUCCAUUUACUAUUUCAGUAAUUGUCCUAGAUAAAAACAGUGUGAAUUCAAAUUUGCACCCUUAGAUAUUGCACUUGGGGCUCCUAAAUGCAAUAGUGCAGUUGCCACCGUUUCAGAAAUGUACCCCGUUGUUUUAAGGGCGCGAACCUGAACUUGAAGGGGCGAAUAUCCACCUUGAAGGUUGCUCCCCUUGUGACUUGCCUGCACUUUAAAAAAAGUGCAAAUUUGAACCCAUAUUUCAUUGGCACAGUCUUCAAUUUUUUCCUUGUGUAUUAUAAUGGCCUUACAUAGGAAAAGAUAUCACGCCAAAUAUUUAGACGUUUUUUUAAAUCAUAAAAAGAGUAUCCAGACAAAAAAUAAACAGUUUCGAAGUUCUAUAUUAGUAACGUGUUUUGUGUUUUGUUCGUGUUUUUUAAAUCACAGAGAGGUCGGAGUAAUUGUCGGAGUAAAUGUUUCUUUAGAUUACAUCUACGUCCUCGAUGACUUCCGUGCCUUCUUUCCUUGAGAACAUGAGAACGGAUGCUAUUCACUCACCCAAGCUCAAAAUAAGCCACUACAGUUACAAUAAAUCAUUGCUUCAAAUUUGGAAAGAAGUAGAAUUAAACCAAGAUAUAUACGUUGGGAGAAUUUAUCCUAUAUAGAACCCUUUUUUGAGGUAUGUAAAAUUCAUUUGGUCAGUUUCGAGCUUCUGACAAGGAAGUUUGAACCCCUGUAUACUAUACUUCAGUGUAACGUGUAUCUCCCAUCCUUAUCAAUAGGUGGAUAGAGCUACAAUGCGCUCUUUUUAGCACACCGGAAGCAAUACAAGUACUUAGAAAGGUCAAAUGCGCACAUACUUCCACUCUUUUUUUUUUAUCUAUUGCGUGUGUGUAUUCGUAUGGCCCCAUAAACUGUUUAUUGUGUCAUGGAGCACUUUUCCUCGGCCUCAAGGUCGUGCGUGCGUGCGACAAGGAAUAGCGUGCGUUCGUACGAGCUCCAUCCAGCUUUAUAUGGAAAUCAAUGGCAUCUCCUUGUUUAUGAACUAUGGUGUCGCUAAAUGGACAACGUAUAUAUAAAAAAAAAAGCCCAUAGAAGUGUAGGUCAUUUCUUUUGUGUUUUAAGAUUUUCUUGAGGCCACUCUAUUCAUACUGUCUGUUCUCAGGUAUCGUUAACUAUUUACUGAUGCAAGCAGUGAAAAAUGUUUGGUAUUGUACAGACAGGGUCAAGGUCAAGUUCAAUGAAAUAAACAGCCUUUGUUGUCUUGUACAUUGUAAGGGGCAUAUAACCAAAGAGGGUUGACCUAAAAACCCAAGUGUUACGAACAAUUCAAUAACCUAGCCACUGCAUUGCUCCGUUAACCAGGCAUUUUUAAUGACAAAAUUACGUGUCCUUAAUCAAUUUAAAUCCUUAAAAAUUCAAAUCUCAUAAUAUUUAACGAAAAAAGCUUGGAUAUUUUCCGGCAAAAGGCCGUUUUUAUAUGCUUCUUUUUUCAUAUGACUUUGAAAAUUUCUUUUAAAACAAUUUAAAGGGAUGAACAAUAAUGAAAAAAUGAUUCAUUCAUCUUUUGGUGGAAGGGUUUUGAAAGUGGGGCUGACCAUACAAAAACAAAAUUACAGACAUUAAUUUUUGCCUUUUUGUACACGCUUAUGGAAAAGAACUUGGGUUACCAUUCUUAUCGCAAUAAUGAUAUUACCAAGUAGAAAGAGAGGUACCUUCUUUCUUCUCAAAACUAUCUAAUUUUCUUUUCACAUGAUUAUGAAAUUAGGCUCAUUCAUUCUCUAGUAAUAGUCGUCUCAAAAUAUGUAUGGGAGAAGCGAUUUCCAACACACAGUUUCGGUCAGAUCGCUCCUCUAGAACUGGAUUAAAACUAUCCGAACAAUGGGCAGUGGAAGGUUAAAAUAAAGAUCAAACAGGAUUUGAAGAAAAUAAUAAGAAAACGAUACAUAUUGUUAUUCCAACCGAGGUUCCUCAUACAUUUUUUAAAAUCAUAAUCGUCUCUCACUAAUUUGCGAGCAUGUAAUAAUAAUAAUGGUGGCUACUUAUAUAGCGCAGAGGUCUACCUUUCGGUGCUCCUUCUGCUUUAAAAAGGCACUGCUAUUAUUUAUUACCCCGUCUAAGCUAGGCUACCUAUUCGGCGCACGCAGCCUUUUUUAAGGAAUUUCUUCCUGCCGGGUACCCAUUUACAUCAC